AUGGUGGAGCCUAGAGUUUACGAUCAGUUGGGAGCCUCUGCGCCGCGCUCCGGCGCACACCUGUCUAGCGACACCAAAGCCGUCCUCUGCCUUGGGGCAGCCACUGCUGUGGGCUGGGCAGCGUGGAGGUACUACCAACGCCGCGCGUGCCUCCGGAAGUUUGGCCGGGACAUGACGGCAUUCGCUGGAAAAACCGAUCCGGUGAUCGGCCGCGAUGACGAGAUUGACCGUGUCGUCUCCAUCCUCUGCCGCCGGACCAAGAACUGCGUCGCGCUCGUCGGCGCUGCAGGGGUUGGCAAGACGGCUGUGGCCGAGGCCCUCGCCCAGCGCAUUGCCGCCGGGAUGGUCCCCGAUGUUCUCGCCGGUGCGCGCGUCAUUGAGCUCGACGUCGGCGCAUUGGUGGCCGGGACCAAGUGGCGUGGCUCCUUCGAGAGACGCAUGAAGGACGUGAUAAAGCAGGUGGAGGCCGCGGACGGCAAGGUGAUUCUGUUCAUCGACGAGAUGCACAUGCUUCUUGGCGCCGGGCGGUCCAGGAAGAGUGCCAACGAUGCUGCCAACAUGCUGAAGCCAGCGUUGGCCCGCGGCCGUAUCCGCUGCGUGGGUGCCACAACUUUCGAUGAGUACCGUAAGUUCAUCGAGAAGGAUGCCGCACUAGAGCGGCGGUUCCAAAAGGUGCAGGUCGAGGAGCCGAGCAUGGACACAACCAUUGAGAUUUUGCAGGGGCUAAAGAAACGGCACGAACGGCACCAUGGCUUGGUAAUACAGGACGCAGCUCUUGUUGCUGCUGCACAGUUUGCUGGCCGCUAUAUCACCGGUGAGGAACCCAUCAGUUUCACUCAUGUUGUUUGA